UAUUUUUUUAUUUUUAAAUAAGUUAUAAUAUUGUAAAUUGAAUUGAUUUCACUUGAUCUCAUUGUUAUAUAUGUAAAAUUAUAUAUCAUAUGUAUUUUUUUUAUAAAUUAUUGUAUUUAUUAUAUAAGAAAGAGUAAAAUAAAAUGGGGUACUGUUUUAGAAUGAACACAUAGUAUUAAAUUUUAAGACAAUCAUAUGAUUAUUCUAUUAAAUAUCAUUUGAAUGAAUUUAAAAAAGAGGAUUCGAUACUUUCGAGUAUCGAUAUGAAAAUAUCAUUUUUUGAUUCACAAGAUUUAUUUAAUAGCAAUUAAAGUUUUUUCCCUUAUCUAAUGUUUUAUUAACAGAAAAAACAUUUACCCCGUUUCAUCCUACUUCUUCUCCUCCGACCAUUACAAUCAUUAAUAAUUAAAACGUGCGAAUGUUUAUGUAAAAUCUGAAUGCACAAAAUACUAAAAAUAGUCUAAAAAAAUUUAACUUCGCACGAAUAUUUACAAUCUAUUAAUAAAAUCACAAGAUAAAUGUAACAACCUCGACUGAUAAAAAGCAAAAAAAAGAAAAAAGAAACUGUCCAACGAAACACGUGAUGAAGAUUCAGCGAAGAUACGCACGUUAUACUGGUCCGGAGGCAAAAGACGUAGUGGCAGCGUACCUAGCGAUUCGUUGUGGCGAAGCCGUGUCGCGAAAACACAGCGUCGACCGAUAAACACAUCGGAGAGAAUAGACGCGGAAAAAAAGGCGGCAGCGACGAGAGCAGAGAGCAGAGGCCGGCCGGGUCGCGCAGUUGCGGCACGCAAGCACGCCGGAGCGGAGCGCAACUUCGUGCAAGUGGGUGGGAGUUGCAGCCCUCGUAAGUCAAGAGAGCGAAGAGUAACCGAAAGAACGGGCAUCUACUCAGUCUGUCCGCGGCCGUCCGUCAAGCAGACGUCUCCGACUCUUGUGUGUGCCCCCUCCCACUUCCUCUCGACGUUUCCUAGGUCGAGUUUCAUCCGAGUUUCCCCGCAGUGUCUCGAGGACCUCGUGGAUGGCACAUGUAGCCCUUCGCGCCACCCUGACGCACACGAUUGCCAUCGGAUUUUGAAUUAAUAUACACGUUUAUGACAGUUUCUCGUGUUGGAACUUAUGUAUGCACUUAGUGGAUGAGAACGAUUGAGUGUGAUCAAGUGGGAAGACCAAGUGUGACCAUGUGGUACGCGAAUAUAAUCGCAGGCUUAAUUGGCCUGAUCUUCGUCGUCGGUUUACCACCGUGGUGUUCGGAUGCGUUUAAUGUCGAGACGAAACAUUACGCUGUAUAUCGGAAUGAGACCAGAUCUAUGUUUGGAUUCGCUGUUUCGGUGUACAGGGAUAGAUACGGCCGAGGAUGGGCCAUCGUGGGUGCACCGGAGGCCGAAACUCCUCAAGCUGGCGUUUACAGAGGCGGCGCAGUUUACAAAUGCGACAUUGCGGCCGAUGAUCGAUGCAUGUUGAUCAAUUUCGACAGUAAAGGAAAUAACUACGUCAGAAAUCCAAAUGUACCGGGUGGUUUGAGUCAGAUCGAUAAUAAGACCCUUCAAUGGUUUGGUGCCACGGUUUCAGCUUCGAUAAAGGAUGGAGGACCCAUUUUGGCGUGCGCUCCAAGGUAUAUUUGGUUCUCCGUGUCUCAGCCGAAAUAUCCGGAAGACAAUCGAUGGAGCAAGGAGUCCACUGUUGGAAGUCGAAGGGAACCAGUUGGUACUUGCUGGAUCGUCGGGAAUAAUUUCAACGAGCCACAAGAAUUUUCACCCUGUCGUACGAGGUACUGGGGAUACCACAGACAGGGUUCGUGUCAAGCUGGAUUGGGCGCUUCUAUGUCCAAGAAUAGUGAGAGGCUGUUCAUCGGGGCGCCAGGAAGUUGGUACUGGCAAGGUCAGAUAUACUCGAUCGACACCAGUCUGAGAUUGGGGUUCCAAGCGACGAUGUUCGUCACCCCCGAAGCAGAUGCAUCAGGCCAGGCGUUUUCACAGCCGUUGAACGGACGCGCGAAAAUAAUGUACACGAAGGAAGGGCCGGCAACCGAGGACGAUAGCUACAUGGGUUACUCUGUCACGAGCGGGGAUUUUAUUGGGAACGGUGACAGCGGAACAGCCGUCGGUGUACCCCGUGGCUCCGAUCUCCUCGGCAAAGUUAUACUUUUUACCUCGAACAUGACGAAUCCUCGUAACAUCACCGGAGAGCAAAUGGGGGCUUAUUUCGGUUACGCCGUUGCAUCCGGGGACAUCGACGGCGAUGGUUUAGACGAUCUUAUUGUUGGUGCGCCUAUGUACACGGUGCCGGAUAACCCAGAAAUGACAAUCGAGACCGGAAGGGUGUACGUGAUCUAUCAAGGCGUUGGACUUGAAAAAUUCCGCAAAGUCGAUUCCAGGGACGGGGAGAGCAAUCGUGGUCGAUUCGGCUUGUCACUGGCCUCUCUCGGGGACAUCGACCGUGACGGCUACGGCGACUUCGUGGUGGGUGCUCCUUACGGUGGUCUACGCGGUCACGGUGCAGUGUACAUCUACCACGGCUCGUCAACCGGUGUUCUGGAAAAAUAUUCUCAGGUGAUCCACGCCGAGAAUCUGGACGUUCCCGUCGACACUUUCGGGUUCUCCGUGGCUGGUGGCCUUGACCUAGAUGGAAAUCAUUACCCGGACAUGGUAGUAGGCGCUUACGAGUCGAGCACGGCGGUGUUCUUCAGAUCGAGGCCCGUGAUCAAGAUGGAUUCGUACGUGUCGUUCGAUCUGGAGUCGAAAUUGAUCUCGUUGGACGAUAGGAAUUGCACUCUGUCGGAUGGGAACAGGGUCACUUGCCUUCUAUUGAGGGCCUGUUUCAAGUACAACGGGGACGGUGUUUUUCCCAGGCAUAACUUUAAUAUACAAUACGUAUUAGACGUGAAGAAGACGAAAAGCCCUAGGUUGUUCUUCUUGGAGUUGGAGGGAAGGAAUACGAUGAAUCGUACCAUCAUGGUGGACAGAGAUCGACAGUUUUGUCGCACUGUUCAGGUCUACGUGACACCUAACAUCCGUGACAAGCUCACCUCCCUGGACGCCGAGAUGCGAAUGAGCCUCGACGAGGAACGCUACGAGGACACUCGACCAAGGGAUCCUAAACUCCCGUUGCGACCGAUCCUCGGCUCGACAACGUCCAGAAAGGACUCUCUGUCGAUCAGAAAGAACUGCGGCCCCGACAACGUGUGCAUCCCGGAUCUACAAAUGAACGUGACGUCAAACGUGCAAAAGUACCUAUUGGGAUCGGGCAAACGAUUGCAAUUGGACGUGUUGGUGCAGAACAUGGGCGAAGACGCUUUCGAGUCGACGUACAAUCUAAAACUGCCCGCCGGUAUCGAUUACAUCAAGGUGGAAAAGAUCGAGACGAUGGGUGUGCCCGUUCAAUGCUCGGCGCCCAAACAAUCCAACAACAAUACUCUUCGUUGCGAUAUUGGCAACCCGUUGCAGAAAAAUGGCUUGGUUAAAUUCAAAGUGUUGUUGCAACCCGUCACCUCCCACGGCAUGAAGCCAAUUUACGAAUUCGAAAUGGACGUGAACACGACCAACCCCGAGAAUCCGUUCACGACCGAGGACAACAGCUACACUUUGAGGCUACCGAUUUGGAUCGAGACCGAUCUGCGCGUGGACGGCGAGAGCAAGCCUAAGGAUCUUUACUACAAUCCGGAUAAUUAUACCAGCGAGACGAAUGCAACCACCGAAGGAGAAUUUGGCCCAGCCAUGACGCACAAUUACACUAUUCGGAACCAGGGCCCGUCGGACGUGAUCGAGGCCGAGGCAUUCCUCGUUUGGCCAGCGCAAACCUUGGCUGGAAAUGAGUUGCUGUAUUUGUUAGAGCAGCCGGAAACGUCUGGACCCAUCGCCUGUGAACCUGCCAAUGCGAAUUAUCUUAGUUUAAAGUUGGAUCAACGGAGAAGAAUGUAUGCGCAUCACUCAGACCCAUCGGGGGUGAUCCUGGACGAGUCUCAAUCAGGAAGGACGAUCAACGUGCAACGAGGAUUCGACGCCGACAGAAGCAAGCUGACCCAAAAAGAAGAGUCCGACAUCAACAGUGGCGACAGUUCGAAUAUUCAAAAAUCUCGUCACUCCUCCUCCUCCUCAUCAUCAUCCUCCUCCUCCUCUUCGUCCUCAUCUCAAGUUAUCACCGGCGAGACAAGAAGAUUCCAAUUAUCCGACACUGGCAACAAACCAAACGUUCUAAUCACUACUUACACGCAGAACAAUUCGGGGACCAGUUCUAUAAAUACUGGCGACUUAUCCGCUGCCAAUAGAGGCGUGAUUUUUGACACUGAGUCUGGUAGUUACGGGCAGACCAGUUUGGGCGGUGGUUUUCGGUCCAGUGAUGGCAGCACGUUCGGUACAAGAGUUCCAGGCCUCGACGAAAGCUAUGAAACCAGAACGAAUCACUCUCAGACGUUUGAGAAUCGUUGGGGCGAGACCAGUGUCUCUGGAGGGCGUGUAUCUUCCUCGAGAUUCAACUCCGAACUGAACGAGAGCGACGAAAGAUAUCAAGAAUAUCUGAGGCAGCAAGAGGCCCAGCGUCGACAAGAAGAAGAGGCUCGACUUGAGCAUCAUAGAAAGAAGGAACAACUUUUGGCUGUGCAGCGUCAACGAGAGGAGCAAGAACGUUUGGAAUAUCAGAGAAGGCAGGAGGAGGAGAGGAGGAGAGUGCAAGAGGAAGAGACGAGAAGGCAAGAGGAGGAACGAAGAAGGGCAGAGGAAGAAGAGAUGCGUCAGCGACAAGGAGAGGAAAGGAGGAGAAUGGAAGAGGAGGAAUAUAGGCUGGAGCAGGAGAGGCGUUAUGGCAGCUCUGGCGGUGAACAUCGCGGGAUACAGGCUGGUUUCAUCACUGGUGAUCGAGAGGAGACUGUUCGAGGGGGGGAAUUCGGAUUCCAAUUGCGCAACGUUAGCUCUACUCAGGAAUUAGAACGACUGUUUGGAUCUUUGUCGAAAUCGGCGUCUGUUUAUGAAUUAUACAACAGACAAGGCAAGCAUUAUGUUCAAUUCAUGGGGAGAUUUAGGAAUUCCGCCGAUAGAAGAGAGUAUAUAGAAUUCCAGGACGGGUCUAUGUUCCCUUUGCAAGACAGUUACGGUAGACAGAGCUACGUUGCUGAGGGUAUCGAGUCCAGAGACAGCAGAUUCUUGAGGAUAGAAGGUGAGCUCAUGGUCGAUUCGACUGGCAAAGGGUUCAUCGUGCUCAAAGAUGGCCGUAGGUUUCCUCUUCAGGGUUCUUUUACUUACACCGAGGAAAGAACGUACACGUUGAGUCCCCACAGUGGAUAUUUGGGAGGUGGUAGCGCUAGCAAUAAGUACGAAACGAAGAGUUACAGUAAAUCCUGGAACGAGGAGUCUGGCCGAGCUGGUGAAAUCGAAAAGGAUUAUGAGUCUAGCUAUUCCAGCACUCAUGAAGAAAGAAGGACAGAGGAUAGAAGAGUGACCAGUAGAGUUUACGCAAGAGAAAAUCGCGAAGCUGUCGAGAAAAUUGCGCAUACUGAGAAUCCUAAUUUCAAUGAAGGUUCCGCAACGAAACAAGAGAGCGAUAUGCUUGGAAUAUACGAGUUUAAGAAAUUCGAAAAGCUUCAUAGGGUGCCCAGAGACUUGGAGGACGAAACCGAAUUUGACGAUAAAGUAGAUUUUGAAAGCGAUCCUAGGACGCAAGGGCCGGUUAGUCCAUGUGAUUCCGCCAAGUGUGUCAUGCUCAGAUGUGUUUUGGGCCCCUUGAAAAAAGACCAAGAGGUUUGGAUCGGAGCAAGAUACAGAGUAGACGCGAGGACAUUAAAGAAGGUUGCUCUUCAAGAAAAAGUCAGAGUCUCGACUAAAUUGAUAGCUCGAGUCACCAAACAGCCCUUCAUAGGUACACCUGCCGAACAGGUGAUCAAGAGCCACGAAAUUAAAACGAAUGUCGAGCCAAGUAUAACGCCAUCUGCACCGGAUGUUAUACCGCUCUGGGUCGUGGUACUCUCCGCCUGCGCUGGAACCAUCAUUCUAUUACUGCUUAUUUUCCUGUUGCACAAGUGUGGCUUCUUCAAGAGAAAUAGACCGUCCGACGCUCCAGAAAGGCAACCACUGAAUAGGAAUGGUCACUUCCAGCACGGAGACGAUCACUGAAAAAAUUAGCCAAGAAUCAAUCAAUGGAAUUUCGAAAAAUCAUCGAACUAUCUAAAUGAACGAGCCAGGAAGUGCCUUUAAUCCUCCUCGAAUCUUACGAAGGAGCGAAUCUAUGCACUGGUUGGAUCAUGAUACAUCUUAGUUACAAAAUAAAGUCUCAUGACGAGCAAUAUGACUAACUGUAAUUAACAAAAUUGCGAGUGCCUUUAUCUCCAGAUCGGAAUAAGGAAGGUGUUCGAAUUUUUUUUUUUUAUUUACAUCAAAUGAUUGAAAAGAUGUAAAAUUAGUUCUGGAGCCAUUCUGCGAUUAUUUUUUACUGCCACUGAAUACUCCUUCCAGCUCCUGCAGCUCGAUCAUGCAAGUUUCUAGUCAGGAGACGUUUUUUUUUCUUUUUAAUAAUUAUUGUGACUUUUUUUUUUAAUUACCUGUAAUUACUUAAGCUAGCCUUGUGUCGAUGGUAACGAAUGAAUACGAUUGAAUUGUCAUGAUGAUUUAGCAGUUAAAGAAAUAAUCUGCAGAAAUAUCCUUGCUAUUUAUAUAUGUAAAAUAUUUAAAAAAAUUUUUUUUUAAUCCGAAUUUAUUUUAUUUCUUUCUUUUUUUAAAGAAAAAAAGAAUUCUGAAAAAUAUAAAGAAUAUUCUAUUUUCUUGUAUUGGAUAUAUAAUUGCAAUAAUUUGCAAUACCAAGAAAAGAGUUUAAUUUAUAUAUAAAAGUAUAUUCAGAUUUUCAUAAUGAAAUCUAUAGAAUAAACUUUUAUUAGAAUUUUGAAAUCUUUAUCACGAUAUUAGGAUAUGUAAAAUAAUUUCUAAUAUAUAAUUUUUAAAAUAUCAAUGAAUUUUUUCAGAAUUUUUUGCAUAAUAUAAAAAAAACUUAUGAAAAUUAUUCUAAAUUUGAAAUUUCAAUUAUUUUAUUGUCCAAAAGAAUAAUAUAUCUAUGCAGGAUUAAUUCUGUUUUCUAUCAGGACGAAUCUGACGAAUUUAAUUGGCUCGAAUUCGAUUCACAUUAAUAGAGAUCUCAUUCGUCGCCGAAGUCGGCAAUUGAUUUAUAUGUCUUUCCUUCUCCUUCUAAUGUGUUCGAGAAAGAAAGUUUUAUUAUUUAUUAAAAUUUUUACAUUAUUAUAUGUAUAUGUCAUGUAGGAUAGAGCGCCGUAACAUGAAACCGGGGUUUGCCUCGGCUGUAUGUGUGUACAAUCUUGUAAAUUAUUAAUUGUAUUACUAAAAAUUAUUCAGAAAGUAACUAGCUAACGCAAAUUAAUAAUUGUGUAGAGAACAAACAAAAACAAACAAAUUCCUGAAAAAAACAGGAACUGAUAAUAAGAAGAAUAGAUAGGAACUGACUUGUACAUACAGAAACUUAAGAUGUAAUAUUAAAAGAAAAAAUAUAUAUAUAAUAUUAUUAAUAUUAAAA